CCUUGCUUGAGCGCUGUUUUCAUUUACUUAUUGUGUUGUCGCCCAAAAGCAUUGAAGUCCUGUCUUCAACCUAAGGGGGCUGUAUAAUUCAAGAAUUCCACUAUUUUACUGGGCGACAUGACCAUUCCAACAUUCCACUGGUCAGAUUAUCUAAUCUUUGCUAUUUCCCUCGUCUGCUACUCCCUUAUCGGGAUAUAUCAUCGAUACAAUGAAGUGAUUUUGGGGAAAAUUUCCUGUUUUCGUGGUGUUAAUUAUAAAUCGAAGAAAAAGAAAAUGGACGUCGAGGAGCUGUUUCUAGGUGAUCGUAAAUUAACACUUCUGCCUAUUGUCGCCAGUGUGAUGGCCAGCUUUUUGUCUGCAGUCGGUAUUCUAGGUACCGCGUCUGAAGCGUAUAAAUUUGGUGUACAGUUUAUAUUAUUAGUUGGGGGUUAUUUAAUAGCCUUUCCAGUGGCAGCAUAUGUCUACAUGCCGGUGUUUUAUAAACUAAGAUUGAGCAGUGCUCACGAAUACCUUCAGAUGAGAUUUGGAAAACCUGUCCGAUGGAUAGCUUCUUUAAUAUUUAUAUUACAAAUGACAGUGUAUAUUGCGCUUGCAUUGUAUGCUCCUGCUUUGGCAUUUAGUCAAGUUAGCGGUCUGCCUAUAUGGGUAUCAAUACUGUCUACUGGCACGGUUGCUACAUUUUACACAGCUAUUGGUGGUAUUCGUGCAGUUGUCUGGGUAGAUCUUUUCCAGCUUAUUAUUCUUAUCGGAGGAUUUUGUAUCAUCACAGUCUUAAUUACUCUUAAAAUUGGCGGUUUAAAACCGUUAUGGGAUAAAGUAUUAGAGGGUCAACGUGUUCAAUCCUUUGAUUUUAGUUUUGACCCUUUUAAACGCCAUACAUUUUGGACAUUAAUAUUCGGUGGUUCUGGAUUAGUUCUAAGUAUAUUCGGUGCUAAUCAAACACAAAUUCAACGAUAUAUGGCUUGCCGUGACUUAAAAACUGCUCGCAGAGCCAUUCUGCUGAAUAUUCCCUUGACAAGUGUAUUCUUAGCCUUUCAACUGUUCACCGGUUUAGCUAUUUAUGCUUAUUUUUCUGGCUGUGAUCCAGUUAAGAGUGGAUUAAUUAAAAAUUAUGAUCAAAUACUACCAUACGCUGUAAUGGUUUUAUUCGAUGGAGUUGUACUUGUUCGAGGAGUAUUUCUGUCAGUUAUUUUUGCAGCUGCCUUAAGUACUGUGUCUUCGGGUGUGAACAGUUUGGCUAAUGUUUCUCUGGAAGAUAUAAUACGUCCGUUAUAUAUUCAUUGGAAAGGUGUUGAUAUUUCGGAGAAAUGGAAAUAUCGAGUUGCCUUAUACUUAGGUUUUAUAUUUGGUAUUUCAACAGUUGGUUUAGCAUUUAUCUUCGCUUUAUCCAGUUCACAUAUUCUACAAAUAUCAUUCGCUUUAUUUGGAGCUAUCGGUGGUCCAAUAUUAACUGUAUUCACCGCUGGCAUACUUUUCCCUUGUAUUAACGCUAAAGGUGGAAUCUGCGCAUUAGUCAGCAGUUUUGUAUGCGGUCUAUGGUUGUCAAUAGGAGCUACUUUCAGUUAUUCAGCAGACAAUAGAAGUUAUUUACCAUUAUCAAUUUCCAAUUGCUCCUUCGACAUUCUACAAAAUGCGUCAUCUAGUGUAAAUGCAGCAGGUGCAAAAUGGUCAUUUUAUUCCCUGUCAUACCUUUACUAUUCGCUGGCAUGUCUGAUUGUUGGAAUCUCUUUAGGGUUGCUGGUCAGUGCAUUUUCAGGCACCUGGAGACUAAUAGAAGAAAGAAGGAUGGUGAAACAAAAGAUUCUCCAGUGAAUCGACGAGCAACAAAAACAGGAGUUGAAUGCAAGCUGCAAUAAACUGAACAAAAGAGUAAAGAAAAGUGCUAGGGAAGACAAAAGGCAAUAUUAUGAAGCUAUGGUUUCAACAGUCGAUCUCCAGUUAAUCCUAGAUUAUUAGCUUGGCAAGCUCGUGCAGUCUACCGACACUUACCUAGUUGUUUCCCAUCACAAACAGCGAGUGACGAGGUAACGUGUAAAAACAGAAUUUCUCCCGACACGUGUAUACACCAUCAACUAAGUAAUCCAUAUGAAGACGGCAUGAGUGUGAAAACAGUCAACGGGAAAAAACACUCAUCUGGGGAAGGUGAUAUUAUAUCAGUUGGACAAUUUAUUCCCAACUAAGAUUACUAACCACUUCAGAAUUGCAUCCUGAAUAUGGCAGUUUAUCAAACAAUGAUAAACAAUAUCUCAAGUACUAUUUUUUUUACUUAAAGACGAUUUAUUAUUUUCAUUAUGUAUAGAUAAUAUGUACUAGUGAUGUCAAUUCACAAGAACAUGUUCAAGCUAAACACUGACAACACUAUUCAUCUAUUUUAGAUGUUCAUAAUCAAUACAAGAGGCU